GUAGUGUCCAGAGGCUGGAGAGUUUACCUGCAGCUGAUUGUUGCUUGUUUGUUGCCUUUAGUUGACAUAGACUGCUGGAAUAUAACCCGAAACCAGUUGAUUUCUGCACUACACUUUUUGGUAUUUGAGGCGUGGUAGGGAGGACUUUAGGGCAACAUGGCCUCUAUACUGGACCAGUAUGAGGAGGAAUCAAAUCGAGAUGCUGGACGCAGACCCAAUCAGACAGGUGUUGAUUUGAUAUCUCAAGGCUUCAUUGAUGCCAGGCUUGAGGGAGAGACUCCAAUCUUCAGUAAAAAGAAAGUGAACUUCAAGCCCCCGGACCCCAUCAGCCACCUUGUGGUGAGCAACAACUUCCUGGUGAUGGCCAUGACCAGCAACCUGCUGCUGAGGCUGGAUCUGGAUCACCCGGACCAGCCUGAUGAAGUUGAACUGCCCCGCUCGGUCGAUGACAGAGUACACAAAAUCUUCUUGGACCCGACGGGAAGACAUUUGAUCAUCUCCAUGACUUCGCAGGACAAUUAUUAUUUGUCCCGAAAUUGGAAAAAACCAAAACCCAUUUCCAAACUGAAGGGUCACAUAAUCGAGUCGGUGGGCUGGAACUUACAGAAUGCCAACGACAGCACGACAAGCGCCAUCCUCAUCGGGACGAGUAAAGGUCUUAUAUUUGAGACAGAGCUGUCUGUCUAUGAAGACAGUCGUUUUUUCCAGGGAAAUAUAGAACAGUAUUUGAAACAGUUGUUCACACUACAGGGCAAGGAUAGCUCGGAGCCAGUGACCGGACUGGAGUUUGACCGUAUGCCCGCGCCUGAGCUCAACAUGUACAAGUACUAUAUCCUGGCCACUACACCGGGACGCCUGUACCAGUUCAUCGGCCAAGUGUCUCAGCUGUCGGAGCCCCCGAUGUUCCUCUCUCUCUUCCAGCAGUACGACACAGGAGGGGGAGGAGAGCUGCCUCAGUUCAUGGAGUUACCGGGAGAUUUUGGCUACAGCGAGCUACAUCUGUUUUUCCCCAACUUCCGACAGCAGGCGCGAAAGUUUGCAUGGAUGUCAGGUCCAGGAAUCUACUACGGAGACAUCAAUGUGAAAGGUUCAGCCGGUCCAAGCUCAAUACUCUCCAAUUCAAAAUUGAUGGCAUACAAAAAAGAGGAAGACGACCGGUCCAACAAACCCGUAUCUAUGGUGCUGACGGAGUUCCAUAUGCUGGUGCUCUACCCAGACAGUAUGAAAGCGUUGUGUUUCCUGAAUGAGGAGAUGGUCUACGACGACAUAUACCCUGACCGAGCGGGCAAGCUGAAGGGUAUCUGCAAGGACUCGAUCCGAGGAAGCAUCUGGACGUUCACCUCUAGCUCUGUCUACAAGUACAAGGUCACCAAGGAGGACAGAGACGUGUGGCAGAUGUACCUGGAGAAGGGAGAGUUUGAGCUGGCCAAGGAGUACUGUCACGAUAACCCGAUGCACAUGGACAAAGUGCUGACCAAGCAGGCUGACCAUCUGUUUUCUUCUGGAAAGAAUGUGUGAGCAACAACCGCAGCGUGGUCUACGACCUCAUCGCCAGCCACGGAGACGUGGAGGACCUCGUCUUCUUCGCUGUCCUCAUGAAAGACUUUGAGAGGGUCAUAGGUCACCACAUUCAGCACGAGAACUACCGGGGAGCUCUGGAUGUCCUUACAAAACAGAGUGACGUGGAGCUCUACUACAAGUUCAGCCCCCUGCUGGUGCAGUACGUGCCCAAAGAGACGGUGGACGCGUGGCUGCGUCAGGGGAAGCAACUGGACCCCAAACGACUCAUCCCGGCGCUGGUUCAGUACGACCACCCCAGCUACAAGGAUCAGGGCAAUGAGGCAAUUCGGUACCUUGAGUUCUGUGUUGCCAAGUUGGAAAACAAGGACCUGGCGAUUCACAACUACCUGCUGUCGCUGUACGCUCGACUGCAGCCGGACAAUCUCAUGACCUACUUACACCUGCAGGGAGAGGACGAGGAAGACAUCAGCUACGAUGUGAAGUACGCGCUCCGACUGUGCGCCGAGUGCGACCUGAAAAGAGCGUGCGUCCACAUCUACUCCCUCAUGGGGCUCUACGAGGAGGCCGUGGAUAUGGCUCUGCUGCCCGGCACGUGGUGGAGGAGGAGAAGGACAUCAAGCGAGCCAUGGAGUUCCUGCACGAGUGUGACCGCCUCAAGAUUGAGGACAUCCUGCCCUUCUUCCCCGACUUUGUCACCAUCGACCACUUUAAGGAUGCUAUCAUCUCGUCCCUGCAAGAAUACAACCAGCACAUCGACAGUCUGAAGGAGGAGAUGGAGGAGGCCACGCAGAGCGCCGAGGAGAUCCGCAGAGAGAUACAGAGCUUUCGGAAUAAAUACGCGUUUGUGAAGGCUGAGGACAAAUGCUCCGCCUGCUCCUACCCGCUCAUGUCCCGCGCCUUCUACCUCUUCCCUUGUGGCCACAAGUUCCACAUGGAUUGUCUUAUAUCGGAGGUAUUGCCGAGUCUAGGAGCGUCCAAAAAGAAUCAAGUGGAAGCGUUGCAAAGGAAGUUGGCGGAGAGUGAGUCUGGGGUUGUGCAAAAAUUAGCGGGAGCUGUCGCAGGGAUCAAGGACAUGGAUGUCAAGGCCAAGCUUGAUGAGCUGGUGGCCUCCGAGUGCAUCUUGUGUGGAGACUUCAUGAUCAGGUGCGUGGACAAGCUGUUUGUGGAAGAUGAGGAGUGGGCCCUGGUUGCCACGGAGUGGGAGUAACUGCGCAGCGUGUUUUGUGUGCUCCGUGUUUGUGUAGUGUGUGUUUGUGUAGUGUGUGUUUGUGUAGUGUGUGUUUGUGUAGUGUGU